GGACUGGUGUGGUGCCGUGGGCAGUUACCAGAUAGCGUUCCUUUCCCAUACUGCUUAUCUCCUUAUCACAGAUGGCAUGUUGAUCAGUGUGGCUUGGGGGCACCUUUGACUGGCGAGGCUCAGGGUCACUGGUCACUGCUGCCUCGCUCACUCAGCCCUCAGCCAGCCAGCCAGCAUCUCCCGGUAGUGGCCGCCUUCGCCUUGCCGCUGGUUGCUGUGAAGGACAGACCACCAAGAUGAAUGACUAUCUGAUGGAGUUGGUGGCAAUUUUCUGCACCACCACACUCUUUGGCAUGGGCAUUGCUGCUCUCCUCAAGAUCUUCAACCUUCCCUUCAUCUGGAUGCACCCAGUGGAAAAGGACAGCAAGCGUCACGGUGGGGAGUUGGUGGCCGAGGUGCUGAAGUCUCAUGGGGUGCGUCACAUCUUCACCCUGCCUGGGGGCCACAUCUCCCCCAUCCUGGUUGCUGCAGAGAAGCUCGGUAUCCAGAUUGUUGACACCCGUCAUGAGGCAGCAGCAGCAUUUGCAGCUGAUGCUGUGGCACGCAUGUCUGGGACAGUGGGUGUGGUGGCAGUCACAGCCGGCCCAGGGCUAACCAAUGCUGUCACUGCCAUCAAGAAUGCUCAGAUGGCACAAAGUCCUGUACUUCUCAUUGGAGGUGCCUCAGCAUCCAUACUGAAGGGCCGUGGUGCAUUGCAGGACAUAGAUCAGAUGUCACUCUUCAAGCCACUUUGUAAAUUAUGUGUCACAGUGACUUGUGUGAGGAAUAUUGUGCCAACAGUAUUGAGAGCACUGCAGGAGGCACAGUCUGGUACCCCUGGACCAGUGUUCAUUGAGUUCCCCAUUGACGUGCUGUAUCCUUACCACAUGGUGUCCAAGGAGAUAGGAGUGAAGCAGGGGGGCAAGUCUAUCAUGCAAAGAAUAGUCAACUGGUAUCUUGGCAACUAUCUGGACAAUCUGUUUGCUGGGGCGUGGGACCCUCAGGACACAAAGCCACUCAAGGUCAACAUUCCAUUUGUCUCUCCUGAUGUAGUGAAUCAGUGUGUGGAGAUUGUGUCCCGUAGCAAGAAGCCGGUGAUCCUGCUUGGGAGUCAGGCCACUCUCCCACCCACCCCUGUGGAGGACCUGCGUCGUUCCUUGGAGAACCUUGGCAUCCCUUGCUUCCUGGGAGGCAUGUCUCGGGGCCUGCUGGGACGGAAGAGUGCUAUACAGAUGAGGCAACGCAGGAGAGACGCUCUGAAGGAAGCUGACGUGAUUAUCCUUGCUGGCGCUGUGUGUGACUUCAGGUUGUCCUAUGGCCGAGUGUUGGGGCGGCAGGCCAAGAUCAUUGCCGUUAACAGGAACAAAGAGGAACUGUACAAGAAUUCAGACAUGUUCUGGAAGCCCAGCGUGGCAGUCCUGGGAGACGUGGGAACCUUCCUCAGAGAUCUUUCAGCAUGUCUUGCUGGUUAUCAGUGUGAUGCUGAGUGGCUGUCAACACUUAGGGAGAGGGAUGAGACAAAGGAGGUGGCCAAUGUGAAGAUGGCAGAAGAACCAACAGAAGUUCACCUAAAUCCCAUGAAGGUGUUCACUGAGCUGGAGGAACUGUUACCUUCCAAUGCAGUGCUGGUGGCUGAUGGAGGGGACUUUGUGGCCACUGCUGCCUACAUUCUAAGACCACGAGGCCCCUUGACGUGGCUUGACCCUGGAGCGUUUGGUACACUGGGAGUGGGUGGAGGGUUUGCGCUGGGUGCCAAGCUGUGCCGGCCAGAUUCAGAGAUCUGGAUCAUAUACGGAGAUGGGUCGCUGGGUUACUCCCUUGCAGAGUUUGACACGUACACACGGCACAAGACUCCAGUCAUUGCUCUGGUGGGCAAUGAUGCCGGAUGGACUCAGAUCGCCCGAGAGCAAAAGCCCAUGUUUGGCUCCAGUGUUGGCUGUGACCUGGCGCACUGCGACUACCACACAUCAGCAGAGGGACUUGGUGCUAAAGGCGUCCUCAUUGGCCGCAACGACGACAUCAAAAGUAAGCUAAAAGAAGUCCAGAAACUCCAUGCAGAAGGUCACUCUGUCCUGGUCAAUGUUCUGAUUGGCAGCACAAAGUUCAGGGAAGGCAGCAUAUCUGUCUAGCACAAAGUUCUCACGAUGCAUUACAUUGGCACAGGUUGAUGAGAAGUAUGUGAAGGCCAUUUAGAAGUUUUUGGCCUCACUCACAAAGUAUGCUGCCAGUAAAGCUCAUGUUCAUGGUGGAAUAAUAGUGCUUGAACAUUGGCAGACUGAGUGUACUGGAGUCAAGGUAGUGUUGAGAAGUGAUGUAUAAUGAUAUGCUACUCUUGUGACUUUUCUGGGUGAGCUGAGAACUUUUGAAUGACUUAAUAAGCACUGCUGCUGCAUCAAUAGGUAGUGGUGCCAUCAGUGUUUGUGUGAACAUCAGGGUAAUGAGACUUCUCUAGUGUCUGUUUAAACCAAUACGUAGCAAUAUUGAGUCUUCAACAUCAUAUAAAUCCAGUCCUGAAUUUUUUUCUCUGUGUGUAUGUGAGUGAAAUAUGAAAAAUCAGAAAGUAGUCAUUCAUUAUAGAUAGAAUUUAUUUUUUAUUUGUAAUUGUAAUUCCCUUCUUUAUGUGAAAAAAAGUAGCAUCUGAGAAUGGUUGUACAUUGUGCUGCACUUGGGCCUUAGUGUGCCUGGUCUUGGGAACACAUGCCCUGUAGCAGCACUGGAGGGGAGGUGGUGCUGUGUCUGGUGAACAACUCCCUCAGGGUCAUGGGAUGUGUAUGUUCCUUGCUCUCCUUGACUGCAGCUCUGUUGUGACUUCAUCCUGCUGCCUGGUUGUAUCAUAUCACAACUUUAGUGGUUUAGAUGCAAGUUCAGUACUUGUUCAGACUCAAAAACUUUAAUCUUGGGAAUGGUGUGUGGAUAGCAGGCAGGCAUAACUUUAAGUUUUCCUGGUUGCCUGUGUUACAAGAUCAUUUGAAAAAAAAAAAAAUCAAAUGGAAGUUUUUUCUAAUUCAGAUGUUGCUUGACACUGUAUAAGACUGUUUUUAGCAAAGUUGACAUCAUAAGGCUUUGACUAUAGCAUUUUAGCAAGACUUACAUAGAUAAACAAUUUUAUAUGAGUUGAAUUGAAGCUCUUAUGGUUGACUCUAAUACUCCAUUGCAAUCUACAUUGUAAAAUUUUAAUAUAUAUAUAUAUAUAUAUAUAUAUAUAUAUAUAUAUAUAUAUAUAUAUAUAUAUAUAUAUAUAUAUAUGUUUGUAUAUACAAGACUACAUAGAAAAGCCAACAUCACGUACAUCUCUGUGUGGGGGGUAGAGUAAAACAGCAGAUAAACUUAAUUGUUGGACUAUGGAUUGAGAUUCAUGUCCUUUCCUUCCCUGUCAAGAAGUUGCCCAAAAAACUGAUAACUGGUUGUACAAUAUAAAUUGAAAUGAAUAGAAAAACCUAUUUAUUCAUUACUUUUUCAUCAUAUUACAUUUAUUUUACAUGUUAGUUAUUUUUAGAGGAACAUUUAAGGUGAAUUUACCCAGAUGAGGUCCUGCAUAGACUGCCCACCACCCAAAGGUUGUACAGGGUAAGGCAACACUUCUCUGCCUUAAUGGGACAUGUAUGGCUUGCCAGAGACAUUUAUACAUAUACUCUGAAGUGAAUAAAUGUUUUGCAUAUUUUA